AUGGAGUCUGAAGAUGAACAAAGGCUAGAGCAGUCGCGUUCUUCUGACCCAGCCGAAAACGUCUCAGGUCCGUUGUUAAGGAGAGGAUCAACGGAGGGACAACAAUCUGAGGAAGUCCCCUCAUCGAAGGUUGCUAUUCCGCGACUCGCUCCUCCUAGGACCACUGGCAAUCGUCGCAUCAGAACAGCAUGUGCGGCAUGCAGGGAACAAAAAGCCAAGUGUAGUGAAUACCGGCCAUGCCUUCGCUGCGUCAGUUUCGGCAUCACUUGCACGUCGCUUGAAAGCAAGCGCGAGAGUAGGGAAAGGCAAGUCGAAGAACUAGAGCAGCAGGUGGCUCUUUACGAAGAGUUACUGCAACACCUACGACCCAGGGUCAAUAUUCAAGACGCAGAGCUUAUUACAAGGACAUUGCACAGAAGGAGCUCUAUCACUAGCCCCCCGUCGCCGGAUCCAGUCAGCGCGACACAUGCGACCGCUCCUCAGCCUUCUUUUGCCGUGGACUAUGUUGAGGAGGACUACCAUCGGAAUCAGCAGCUGCACGCGUUCGGCUACCUAGGGUCGCAUUCCGAAAUUUCAUGGAUACGUGAUUUGAGGAAGGAAAUAGGCAGGGCCACACCUUUGGCGGAGUCGAAGGCAGCUUCACCGGGCAACGGUGCCAAGGCGUUGACCUCGGUAAGUUAUUUUCUGGAUGAUCAGAAUCUGUUAGUCGAUCGGGGUAUUGCCGCCUAUGAUCGUCCUUCUCGUACUAUUGGAGACAAGCUUAUACAUCUCUAUUUUGACGCGGUUCAUCCGUCUUUUCCCAUUGUCGGUAGGAUUCCGUUUAUGCAGCAGUAUGCAUUAUAUUAUUCCCAGCCAAAUAUGCGGCCACCGGGCAAGUGGCUCGCGAUUCUUAACUUAAUCUUUGCGCUGGGGGCCAAAUUUGGUCAUCUUCUUUCUGAAACGUGGACGGAAGAUACCGAUGGGCCCUUGGAGUAUUUUUCCCGGGCUCAGAAGCUCAAUUUUACGAAUGGCCAGCUCUUCGACCACCCCAACCUGCAGCAGGUGCAAGCCGAAGGCUUGAGCGCAUUUUGGCUCAUGUCCAUGGGACACGUCAACAGGGCAUGGAGAACCUGUGGUGUCUCCAUCAGGUCCGCCAUCGCUUUGGGGAUUAAUCUCCGCAGCGAGAGCAAGGACACGCCGAAUUUCUCUAAAGAGCUCCGGUAUCGGGUCUGGUGGUCCAUCUACACGCUGGAGAACACCCUCUCCAUCAUGACUGGCCGUCCCACGAGUGCUGCGGAUACGUUCUGCACCACACCUCUCCCUAUUCCUUACGAAGAGGACCAGUUCCAUGGGCCUGUCGCCUCGCAACUUCUCUCGGACUACAGUGUCCGACAUAGCUAUAUGCAAGCCUUCUCCUCGCGAAGGCACAAACACCCCGCUUCCCAAUUUUCACCGAAACCUGCACCGUCUGUAGGACACUACUUGGCUUCGACCAUCAACGAGGCCGCGCCUAGUAAUUCUCUUUACUUUCUGUAUUUCAUCGACAUAACGACGAUCAUGCGGCGAGCAAUUGAUGUGCUGUAUGCGCCAGGCGGGUCUAGAGAACCCUGGCCGAAAGUCGGCGCAACGAUAGUGGACUUGGUAAGAGACGCAGACGCGUGGAGUAGCAGUCUUCCAGAAGUAUUCCAGUUUAGGCCGAUGCAGAAGUCCAAGUUAUUUGAACGGCAGCGAUGGAGCCUUGCCUUUCGCUUCUAUAGCACCAAAAUCACUAUUUCUCGCCCUUCUCUUUGCCGCACCGAUCGGCUUCGCCCCGGUCAACUCCAAAAUCCCCCGCUGGACCAGCGGAAGAACGCAAAAAUAUGCGUCGAUUCGGCCUGCGAUAUCCUAGACCUAUUACCAGACACGCCGGAUGUGCUCUGGCUGGUCCAGCUAUCACCCUGGUGGUGUAUCAUUCAUUAUCUGAUGCAGUCCGCGACUAUUUUACUAAUUGAGCUCGAUUUCUGCGUCAAGUUUGACGUCGAAGAGACCCCCAAAAUCACUCUGAUGGUGGAGAAAGCUAUGGGGUGGCUUCUUGCAAUGGCGGCAGAUAACCUCGCUGCUCAACGAGCAUGGGAGGUCUGCCAUAGCCUCUACUGCUGCAUUUCCCUAACGCCUGUUGACAGCAUGAUGACCACACCUUCCGCCUCUACUUCACCGUUACCACCCCAGAGCAAUAUCCUACGAGCGAUGCAAGAUGGGCUGCAACUGACACAGUCGCAUGUGUCUCUGUCGCAGAAUAUAGUUGUACAUCCCACACUGCAAACGAUGUAUGAUCAAUUUGUGCCUCGUGAAUCUAGUGGAGCUAUGUUCGAGAAUCCUGGCAAUACCAAUCAUCAGUAG